CCGGCUCUUCUCUAAGAUGGCGGCGGCGCUGAGUGCAGGCUGCCUGGCGGCCCGACGGCUCCUCUGGGCCGGGUCUGGCCGCCGCCUUGUGCGGGGCUCAGCUCCAGCGAGCCGGUCCAUACAACUUGGGACAAGCAGAUUCAGGGCCACCAAGGCAGCAACGCAAAUAGUUUUAAAUGUUCCUGAGACUAAAGUGUCUUCUCUGGAAAAUGGCCUGAGAGUAGCUUCUGAAGAUUCUGGACUCUCAACAUGCACAGUUGGUCUUUGGAUUGAUGCUGGAAGCAGGUAUGAAAAUGAGAAGAACAACGGAACAGCUCACUUUCUGGAGCAUAUGGCUUUCAAGGGGACAAAAAAGAGGUCUCAAUUAGACCUGGAACUAGAGAUUGAAAACAUGGGAGCUCAUCUUAAUGCCUACACAUCCAGAGAACAAACUGUGUAUUAUGCAAAGGCUUUCUCAAAGGACUUGCCAAGAGCUGUGGAGAUUCUUGCUGACAUCAUACAGAACAGUACACUGGGGGAAGCAGAGAUCGAGCGGGAGCGAGGAGUUAUCCUUCGAGAGAUGCAGGAAGUUGAAACCAAUUUGCAGGAAGUUGUCUUUGAUUAUCUUCAUGCCACAGCCUAUCAGAACACUACACUGGGACGGACAAUAUUAGGCCCCACCGAAAACAUCAAAUCCAUAAAUCGUAAUGACUUGGUGGAGUACAUAACAACACAUUAUAAAGGACCCAGGAUAGUGCUGGCUGCUGCUGGAGGAGUCUCUCAUGAUGAAUUGCUUGAUUUAGCAAAUUAUCAUUUUGGUAACUUACCGUCUACUCAGGAAGGAGGAAUGCCAGCCCUACCCCCUUGCAAAUUCACAGGUAGUGAGAUUCGUAUAAGAGAUGACAAGAUGCCUUUGGCACAUAUCGCAAUAGCUGUCGAAGCAGUUGGCUGGUCUCACCCAGAUACAAUUCCCCUUAUGGUAGCAAAUACUCUGAUAGGCAACUGGGAUCGUUCCUUUGGAGGAGGUGUGAAUUUAUCCAGCAAGCUUGCCCAGAUCACUUGCCAUGGCAACCUGUGUCAUAGCUUCCAGUCUUUCAACACCUGUUACACUGAUACUGGACUGUGGGGGCUCUACAUGGUUUGUGAACAAUCCACUGUACAGGAUAUGAUGCACUUCGUUCAAAGAGAGUGGUAAGAAAAUGCAUGUUUCUCCAAGUAGCUAGUUUUGGGUUGAGGACUGGCUAUUUAAAAAUAGCAGCUUCAUCAAAAAAGUGUUC